GUCUACUUACUACCUACAUAGGUAUACAUACAGACAAUCCUUUCUAGGCGUCCCGGACACACGAGGUUCCGUACCUAGCAAAGAUCUAGGUAUCUUACUUAGUAAUUAAACCUAUUCCGACCAGAUCCAACCAUCUUGUCGCAAGUCUUUAUACAUUAUGGGCCUAGUUGCGCGCGGGAACUCCACAAAUGGCCUUGUACGGCCUCGUGCGAACUUGCUCUAUUCGUAGCUGCAAAGUGUCCUCUUAGCCUGCUCGGCCUGGCUGGUAGCUCUUUACCACGCUGCACACACCAAACACCAACCACUUGCUGACCCGGAGCUUCAGCUGGCCCUAAGAGCUGUGCAAGGGUCUAUCUACCUGUGAAUCGUGAUUGACAUAUGAUGUCUAUUUAUAUUGCUGCUCAACUUAUAUAAUAAUUUCCCGACGACGACGACGACGACGACAAGAAGAACAACAAGUACCGUAGUAUCUAGCCAUUGGCACGACCAGGUGUAGAACAACGAAGCCACUCCCAAGGCUGUUUGUUUGUUUGUUGUCCUUCCUGUCUUCGGUGCAUUGUCUGUCGGCCUCUCUGCCUGUUCAGCAGCCCGCUGCACCAUCGCAUCAUCACCUCUGUCUUGUUUUACCAGGACCUUAGAGUCCACACAUUAUUAUUAUUCGAGAUGCGCCUCAUACGACCGGACUCGAUUCUUGCUCUGGGUCUGGCUACCCUGGCUACAGCUCGAGCCCAAUUCUUAGUCAGUGAGCUUAGCUUUGGUUAUACUGGGAAGAUAAACGAUCGCGGAGAGGCCAAAGUUCCCGGGUUCACAAUCCAGGGCACCCCGAACGUCCCCGAGAUCCUCUCCAACAAGCUCAUACUCACACCCCCUGUGCCCGGCAAUGCGCGCGGCGCUGUCUGGGCCGACAAGACGAACCAGUAUAGCGAAUGGGUGGCCGACGUCGACUUCCGCGCCAACGGUGGUGAGAGGGGCAGUGGCAACCUCAAUAUCUGGCUUGCGCGACAGGGGAGUCAGGAGAUAGGCUCGUCGAGCAUUUAUACAGUCGGUCGCUUCGACGGACUGGCUCUCGUCAUCGACCAGCACGGCGGGUCCGCUGGCAUGAUCAGGGGCUUCCUCAACGACGGUAGCAUCGACUUCAAAUCACACCAUAGCGUGGAUAGCCUCGCCUUUGGCCACUGUUACUAUGCCUACCGCAACCUUGGCCGUCCUUCGCAGAUCAAGAUACGCCAGACAGCCCAGUCGUUCAAGGUCGAGAUUGACAAUCGUCUAUGCUUCGACAGUGAUCAGAUAACUAUUCCCCCUGGUUAUCAGUACGGUAUAUCUGCUGCGUCCGCAGACAACCCUGACUCCUUCGAGAUCUUCAAGUUGGUCGUCAUGACCCAGGAUCUCGCGGCGAAGUCCAACGGGGCACCACCAACCCAACAGAAACAGCAAAACGAUGGACAGAACCAAGCUAAGGCCCAGACGAGCUACGGCCGCAACAACCGGGACACGAAUAACGCAAAGUCGGACGAGACAUUCGAUGAAUCCAUCCCUGACGCUUCGGCCGACACCAUCACCAGCUCCAAGGCGCAAUUCGCCGACCUACAUAACCGUCUACAGAGCGUGAACCACCACCUCUCGACCAUCUUCCGCCAGAACGCAGGCAUGAACAACAUGAACGAGAAGCGGCACGAGGAGACAUCGCGGAUGAUCGACGACCUGAAGUCCAGCCUGUCGAAAAUCGACAAGCUAGACAAACUCGACAGACUCGAGUGGCUCGUGGGCGAGGUGACCAAGAUGCAGCGGGACAUCCAGAGCAUCAAGACGGACAUGAACAACCGCAUCAGCCAGUCCGAGAACAACCUCAAGCGCGCCAUCUCCUCCAACCACGGCACCAUGCUCGAGCACGUGGCGGUGCAGGCGACGCCGCGCCACGGCAAGCUCAUCUUCGUCAUCAUCGGCAGCCAGAUCAUCCUCGUCGCGGGCUACAUCUACUACGAGCGGAAGAAGACGUUGCCGAAGAAGUAUUUGUGAAUAGAAAUGAUGGGGAUAGAAGUAACGUAUAACACAAUCACCACGAGGGGGGAAGAAAUCGAAAUCGGAAUGAAAAUAAGUAUUCGAAAUCCAUAUAGUGAAUCUGGGAAACAGGGCGAGUCUCGAGGAUGAAAUGGAGAAACGCGGCGGUACUGUAAGGAGACAGACAGAAGAAAAGAGACCAUAGAGGGAUGGGAUGGAUAAGGAAAGGGAAACGGGGAUGAAUGGAUAGGUUGGUUCAAUUGUAUAAAAAGCCAACCAAACCACCAUAGUACUACCUAUCUAGGUGUCUGUGUCUGCCUUGUCUGGUAUGAACACUCAGCAUCAUAUUUUACGACUUAGCGAUAUUUUUUGGGGGUUUUGUUUUAUCUUAGGGGAAUAAAAAUGAUAGAAACCAUCCGAUUCUUAUGUAUAUCCAGUUCUGCAUCGUGAUAAGUUGUUUUGCUGGGAUACUUUCUUUCUUUUUGGGUUUAGUUAAGUGGUUUAACUGGUUGAUGGAUUAGUUGGUUGAAAGCGAGCAGAUUGAUAGCUAAGGCUGCAUUUAUAACUAUACCCAGGAGUUAUUGUAAGAUGAAAUAAGAUAGUUAUACUUAGC